UUUAGAUAUUAUUUUUUAAUGGUUAAUCUCCGCCUCUAAAAAAGAUUGGCUGCUACCUAAUUAAAGGUUGGUGUUAAUAGAGUUUGGUUAGACCCAAAUGAAGCAAGUGAAAUCAGUCUUGCAAAUUCAAGAAUGUCAAUUAGAAAAUUAAUUAAAGAUGGUUUGAUUAUGAGAAGAUUGAGAACAAUACAUUCAAGAGCUAGAGCAAGAAGAUUCCUCGAAGCAAAGAGAAGAGGUAGACAUACAGGUACUGGUAAAAGAAGAGGUACUAGAGAGGCAAGAAUGCCAACUAAAGUUCUUUGGAUUAGAAGAUAAAGAGUAUUGAGAAGAUUGCUCAGAAAAUAUAGAGCUGCAAAGAAAAUAGACAGAUAAUAGUAAAUGUAUUUAAUAAGUUAGAUAUCAUGAAUUUUAUUUGGCUUCUAAGGGUAAUCAAUACAAAAACAAAAAGGUUCUUAUUGAAGCUAUUCAUGAAACUAAAUAAGAAAAAGUUAGAGUCGACAAAAUUGAGAAGGAAUAAAAUGAUAGAAGAGAAAAGAAUAAGGCUCAAAGAACCAAGAAAACAUAAAACAAAUUUGCUGCUGAAUGAUAUUUACAAAUUUAGUACAAUAAUAAAUUAUUUGUUAUCAUAAUAAU